AUGCCAAGACUCAACUUGACCGCCGUGACAGAGUUCACCUUUGAAGGUUUUUCUGUUUUUGGGUGGCAGCACAGACUCAUUCUCUUUGUGGUCUUUCUGGUCUUGUACCUGUUGACCCUCGCCAGCAAUGCCAUCAUCUUGACCGUUAUCCACCUCAACCGUCAACUUCACACACCCAUGUACUUCUUCCUGAGCGUACUGUCCAUCUCUGAGACCUGUUACACAGUGGCCAUCAUCCCCCGCAUGCUGUCCAGUCUCCUCAGUCCCCAAAGAGCCAUCUCCAUCCCACACUGUGCCACUCAGCUCUUCUUCUAUCUCGCCUUCGGCAUCAACAACUGCUUCCUGCUCACGGCCAUGGGGUAUGACCGCUACGCGGCCAUCUGCAACCCCCUGCGGUAUUCCGUCGUCAUGGGCAAAAGGACUUGUCUACAAUUGGCGAGUGGCUCCUGGAGCAUUGGCCUGAGCACGGCCAUCAUUCAGGUGUCGUCUGUGUUCAGCCUGCCCUUCUGUGAUGCCAACGUCAUCUCCCACUUCUUCUGUGACAUCCGGCCCCUGAUGCAGCUGGCCUGUGCUGACACCACCAUCAAAGAACUUGUCACCUUGCUCAUCAGUCUGUGUGUCCUUGUUCUGCCCAUGGUGCUGAUCUUCAUCUCCUACGUCCUGAUUGUCUCCACCAUCCUCAAGAUCCCCUCCGCCCAGGGCCGGAAGAAGGCCUUUGCCACCUGCGCCUCCCACCUCACGGUGGUCGUCGUCCACUACGGCUGCGCCUCCGUCAUCUACCUAAAACCCAAGUCUCACAACUCCCUGAAGGACAGACUCAUCUCCGUGACCUACACGGUCAUCACACCCCUCCUCAACCCUGUUGUGUACAGCCUGAGGAACAAAGACGUCAAGGAUGCCUUGCUCAGAGCUUUGGGCAAAAAACCUCUCUCUUAG